AAGGAGAAAAAAAAAAAGGAAAAAGGAGACUAGCCGGUGUUGGUUCUCUCAAGAGUUUUUGUGGGUUUUUUUAAGCAGGAAAAAAAAAGAUUUCGUUUGUUUUUUUUAAGUGUGAGGGCGCUGCCUCAGCUUUGGUGAAUGAUGUCUGCAGACGCGGAGGCCCAGUGUGCAAGCAUCUCUCGGGAGGAUAAUACCCACUUGUCAGCAACCAGUCAAGGAUAUGUUUUACCAGAAGGAAAAAUCAUGCCAAAUACAGUCUUUGUUGGUGGAAUUGAUAUAAGGAUGAAUGAAACAGAAAUUCGAAGUUUCUUUGCACGGUAUGGUACUGUGAAAGAGGUGAAAAUAAUCACUGAUAGAACUGGUGUUUCCAAAGGGUAUGGCUUUGUAUCCUUCCUGGACAACGUGGAUGUUCAAAAAAUAGUUGAAUCUCAAAUCAACUUCCAUGGCAAAAAGCUGAAACUGGGGCCAGCUAUCAGAAAACAGCAGAACUUGUGUUCUUAUAUGCACCCCAGACCUUUGGUUUUUAAUCCUCCUGCGCCACAAUUUCAUGGUGUGUGGAGUAAUCAAAAUACAGAGCCCUAUAUGCAGCCUCCAGCUGUGAUGAGUCCAGUAACUCAGUAUGUUCAGACAUAUCCGUACAGUUCACCAGCUCUGCUGAUACAGCAACAAGUUCCUGUGGGAUAUCAGCCAGCUUACAACUAUCAGGUUCAACCACAGUGGCUUGCUGGGGAGCAAAGGAAUUACGUUAUGCCUCCGGUCUAUACUUCAGUAAGCUACCACUAUAGUGAAGAUCCUGAGUUUAUCCAGACAGAGUGUGCUGUUCCAGAGCCCCCACAGUCGUCUAGUAACAGUCCACAAAAGAAAUCUGUGGACAGGAGCAUACAGACAGUGGUAUCCUGCCUGUUCAAUCCUGAGAACCGCCUGAGGAACACGUUUGUCUCACAAGAAGACUACUUUAAGGAGAGAAAGGUGCAUCACUUCAGAAGAAGCCGAGCAGUGCUCAAAAGUGUUUGAUCGGCAACAUGGAAACUUGGAAGUACCGAAAUUCAUUAUCUUCAUGUUGCUGCAGUUCAGUUUAGUAAGAUUUGUAGUAUCGUGUAUAACCUUUUUUCAAAAAGUUGCUUCAAGUUGGUGUUGAUAUUUUACCUGUUCAGAGAUGUUUAUUUUUGUUUGAGCAGUUUGAAGUUGUAAGAGUUUGUCAGUUUGCAUGUUCUGUUACCAGUUUGCAUGCUUCCCUUGCCUUGAUACUAGAAUGUUUAAGAGUUCAUAUGGGCAACACACUUGGUUAACUUAAUGUGAAUUUUCUUCUGAGCUUUAAGGUACAGUUUGUUGCAUGUUACACUUAGUUUCUCUUAAACCACAAUUCGAAUAUCUAACAAGUUACUAACUUUGACCACUUUACCUCUUGUAGCCUAAAAGCUGAAGCAGUUACUUGCCCAAGAGGUAGAAUUUUAAAACUGUGCUCUUAAUCAGUGGAACAGAAGACAUCAAGUUGUAACUCAAUUGCAGCCCUUUAAGUCUUGGUUCUCUUUAGACUACCUAAUCAAUGUAGUUCUGUUCAUUAAUGGCAAUUUAUAUACCUGGAGUCCUGAGCAUUACUAUUAGUUUGGGGAGAGUAAUUAAGAGAAUCCUAAAAUUCCUGUUCAUAACUUAAGAGACGAUGCAAGAACAUAAUUAGCUAUAUCAGCUACUCAACGGAGUAUGCUUUUUUUUU